ACAUUCACAAUCUCUCAAAACUUCCUCUCAUUGCUACAAAACUCAUAUAUUCUAUCACACUGCCUUGCCUCUCCCUCUCUCGCGCUAGCAAACUAGCCUUAGCCCUUUAGCUCUCACACACACAAAGACACAGAGAGAGAGAGAGAGAGAGAGAUUGUAGAUGAUGGGCAAUCAUAGCAUAGGAAUCUCUUGGGUGUUUCUUGCAGUAUCCAUUGUUUUCGUCAAUGGCGAUGCUGGUUCUUUCCAGCUCAACGACGACGUUCUGGGUCUGAUCGUGUUCAAAGCAGACAUUAACGACCCUUCUUCACAUCUCGAAUCUUGGAACGAAGACGAUUAUUCCCCGUGUUCUUGGAAGUACAUCAAAUGCAAUCCUGCAACUGGUCGUGUCUCUGAAAUCUCGCUCGAUGGCUUAGGUCUGUCCGGAAAGAUCGGUCGUGGAGUUCAGAAGUUGCAGCAUCUGAAGGUACUCUCACUCUCAGACAACAACUUCACUGGUAACAUCAUCCCUCAGAUUGGUCUCAUCACCGGUCUCCAGAAGCUGAAUCUCAGUCACAACCGUCUUUCGGGUAUCAUCCCAUCUUCUCUUGGAUCCAUUAGCUCCUUAAAGUUUCUUGAUCUAUCAGAAAACUCGCUCUCAGGGACGAUCCCUGAUGAUUUCUUCAGAAACAACUCGCCUCUUAGAUAUCUGUCUCUGGCUAAGAACAUGCUUGAAGGGCCAAUUCCUAGUUCUCUUGCAAGAUGUUCUCUGUUGAACACUCUGAAUCUCUCAAGCAACCGUUUUUCGGGCAACCCGAGUUUUGUUUCUGGCAUUUGGACACUUCAGAGGCUUCGGACAUUGGAUCUUUCGAACAAUUCUCUUUCGGGGUUGAUACCGUCAGGAAUUCCUGCCCUCCAACUCUUGAAAGUGUUGCAUUUACGGGGCAACAAGUUCUCGGGACCCUUGCCUGCAGAUAUCGGAUUCUGUCCGCAUCUGAAAAGAUUGGAUUUGAGUUAUAAUCUGUUCUCUGGAGAAGUUCCAAGCCCUCUUCAGAGGCUAAACUCUCUGAUGUUCUUCAGUUUGUCCAAUAACGUACUCUCUGGUGAUUUCCCGCAAUGGAUCACUAGCUUGAGCAGUUUAGAACACUUAGAUUUGUCCAACAACGCAUUAAGCGGAGAGCUUCCUUCUUCAAUGGGUAACCUCAGAUCUCUGAAACAUCUUGUCUUGUCGAAAAAUCAACUCAAAGGCGAGAUACCGGCUUCUUUGGCAUAUUGCACGGAGUUAUCGGUGAUUCAGCUCAAAGGAAAUAGCUUCACUGGUAGUGUUCCUGCUGGCUUCUUCGACCUUGGUCUGGAGGAAAUCGACUUUUCUCAUAACGCCUUAACGGGUUCACUCCCACGAGGCUCGAGUCGAAUCUUUGAGUCUCUCCGUGUUCUUGAUCUCUCCCGUAAUAACCUCGGGGGAAGCAUUCCGGGAGAAGUUGGGCUUUUCAUCCAGUUGAGAUACCUGAACUUGUCUUGGAAUGAUCUUCAGACAAGGAUUCCUCCUGAACUUGGGUUUCUGCAGAAUCUAACAGUCUUGGAUCUCCGAAACAGCGCCUUGACCGGUUCUGUUCCUGCCGAUAUAUGCGAGUCUCAGAGUCUGCAAAUCCUUCAAUUGGAUGGCAACUCGCUAAUCGGCCCAAUACCAGAAGGAAUCGGAAAUUGUUCUUCUCUUAACCUCCUGAGCUUGUCCCAUAACAAUCUGAUCGGUCAGAUUCCAAAGUCCCUUUCAAACUUGCGUAAGCUCAAGAUUCUUAAGCUAGAGGUCAACGAUCUGAGAGGAGAAAUACCUCCGGAGCUCGGAAAGUUGCAGAAUCUACUCGCAGUGAAUUUCUCGUUUAACCAUCUUGUCGGAAGGUUACCGGUGGGAAAUGUGUUCGAGAGCUUGGAUCAAAGUGCUCUUCAGGGAAACUUGGGCAUUUGUUCGCCAUUGUUGAAGGGACCUUGCACCUUGAACGUGCCAAAGCCAUUGGUCAUUGAUCCAAAUGCUUACGGAAACAACAAGAAUCAUACACAAAGAGACAGAACAAUAAGUGGUUCUGGAAGAUCCCAUCACGGGAUGUUCCUCAGUGUUUCGGUUAUUGUCGCAAUCUCAGCUGCUAUACUCAUUACAUCUGGAGUUAUAAUCAUAACAUUGCUUAACGCAUCGGUGAGAAGGCGUCUUGCCUUUGUUGAUAAUGCUCUGGAGAGUAUUUUCUCUGGUUCUUCAAGAUCAGGAAGCGUUGCUGCAGGUAAACUGGUUCUGUUCAACUCAAGAUCAUCGUCUUCUUCCUUAUCUUCCACGGAGUUUUCGAGAAAUCCAGAGUUUUUUCUCAACAAAGCAACUGAAAUCGGCGAAGGCGUGUUUGGAACUGUCUACAAGGCUCCAUUGGGAGAACGAGGAAGUUUCUUAGCCGUCAAGAAACUCGUACCUUCAACCACUCUUCAAAACCCGGAAGAUUUCGAUCGAGAAGUUCGAAUCCUGUCGAAAGUUAAGGACGAGAACCUCGUGCUGAUCAAAGGUUACUUCUGGACGCCAGAUUUGCAGCUUUUGGUGUCAGAUUACGUCCCGAACGGUAACUUGCAGUCCAAGCUACACGAACGAAACCCUACCACACCGCCCCUUUCUUGGUCCGCAAGAUUCAGAAUCAUCCUCGGGACGGCUAAGGGUCUGGCCUAUCUUCAUCACUCGUGCCGUCCACCGAUCGUCCACUUCAACCUCAAACCGACCAACAUCUUGUUUGACGAGAACAACAAUCCGAAGAUCUCGGAUUUCGGGCUGACAAGGCUUCUGACAAAACAUGACAGGAACAUGAUGAACAGCAGAUUCCAGAACGCGUUAGGGUAUAUAGCGCCUGAACUGGAGUGUCAGAGCUUAAGGGUCAACGAGAAAUGCGACGUUUAUGGAUUUGGGGUUCUGAUUCUUGAGCUUGUUACUGGUCGGAGACCAGUGGAGUACGGAGAAGACAGCUUCGUGAUAUUGAGCGACCAUGUUCGAGUUCUGUUAGAACAGGGGAACGUGUUGGAAUGCGUCGAUCCGACAAUGGAUGAGUAUUCAGAAGAUGAAGUGUUGCCAGUUCUGAAACUGGCACUUGUCUGUACAUCUCAGAUACCUUCGAAUCGCCCAACAAUGGCGGAGAUUGUUCAGAUCUUGCAGGUCAUCAAGACACCUGUUCCGCAGAGGUUGGAGACUUUCUAGCUCUGUAUUUUCCCAUUGCAACUUCCGUUUUUUUUUAGAGAUCGGUUUGGCUCUUCACCACAAUGCUUGCUUAUGCCAUCUUUUCAAAUGCUCAAUUUCAAAUUUGUAAAUUUUUUUUUAACUUUAUCUUUUUCUCAUGGGGAGUGAUUAUCCUUGACCAA